ACAUCGGUGUUAUUCACGGAGCUCUAUAUGAAUCCGCUGUCACGUAUUCUGGCCUACGUGAUUGGCGGGGUGGCUGGCUGGUUUUUCAUACAAAACCAACAGAAGCAACUCUACGCGAAUUUCUUUCAAAAUCGUUCUCUGCAAGAGUUUCUCGGCUAUUUGGCGAUCAUUUGCUUCUCUGCUAUCAAUUUCACCCAAAUACCAGAAGGUUACUCAGUGGGUUUCUAUGUGGUAUUGUUGAUCGUUCAACGAAUGUUAUUUUCGUCAAGUGUUUGCUUCCUUAUAUUCGCAAAUGCGGCGGGUAGUGUAAAGUGGUUCUUUGGCAUAUUGGAGAAUACACUAUUCAAGAAAUUCAAUCAAAUAACAUAUGCUAUGUUCCUCCUUAAUCCAGCAGUCAUGGUCCCGCUGAUAAGCUCG